CAAAGAGGAUUGUACUACUUGGUGGUAUAUUUCUGUAAAUAUCUGGUUUGUACCUUCAGACAAAAUUGGAAUAUUUUACAUCUGAGGUAAAGUUUGCCGUGUCUAAUGGACAAAACCUGAGGACAAUGAAGAGAGACUCGAUGAACAGCAGGCUCAUAGAAGAACCUGGACCAAAAGAUUACUCAUCAGAACAACAAGGAGGGGAGAGGAAAAGGAAAUCACCAACAAUAUGCGGCACCAACUACCCAGUGAGCAUUGGCUUCAUCGUGGUCAACGAGUUCUGCGAACGCUUCUCUUACUAUGGAAUGAAAGCGGUGUUGACCCUGUAUUUCAUACACUACCUCAAGUGGGACAAGGACCUCUCCACGGCCGUGUACCAUGCCUUCAGUAGCCUGUGUUACUUCACUCCAGUCUUGGGUGCCCUCAUCGCUGACUCAUGGCUGGGGAAGUUCAAGACUAUCAUCUACCUCUCCAUAGUCUAUGUCCUUGGCCAUGUGAUCAAGUCUGUCGGGGCCAUUCCAGAUGUGGGGGAUAGCACCGUGCACAUAGUGCUGUCCAUGGUUGGGCUGAUCCUCAUCGCCUUUGGCACAGGGGGGAUCAAGCCCUGUGUGGCUGCCUUUGGUGGAGACCAGUUUGAAGAGGAGCAUACGGAGGAAAGAAGGAAGUUCUUCUCCAUCUUCUACAUGUCCAUCAAUGCCGGGAGUGUCCUGUCAACGGUCAUCACACCAAUACUGAGAAGUGAUGUCCAGUGUUUUGGUAGUGACUGCUAUGCUCUUGCUUUUGGAGUUCCUGCAGUUUUAAUGAUCAUUGCUCUGGUGGUGUUCAUCGCUGGCAGUGGGCUCUACAAGAAGAGUCCACCAGAAGGGAAUGUUCUGCUGCAUGUGUGCAAAUGCAUUGGCUUUGCCAUUCGCAACAAGUGGAGGACCUCCAAGUAUGAGCCCACGAGAGAGCAUUGGCUGGACUGGGCACAGGAAAAGUAUCCGAAACGCCUCAUCUCAGAGAUCAAGAUGGUGCUGCGGGUGCUGGUUCUCUACAUCCCCCUGCCCAUGUUCUGGGCUCUGUUUGACCAGCAGGGGUCCCGAUGGGUGCUACAGGCCACCCGCAUGAACAUGAACUUUGGUGCAUUUGUGUUGAAACCUGAUCAAAUGCAGAUGCUGAACGCCCUGUUGAUUCUGGUGUUCAUCCCUGUCUUUGACAUGGGCUUGUAUCCGCUCAUUGGCCUGUGCAGGAUCAAACUCACGCCUCUUAGGAAGAUGGCCACUGGCAUGAUUUUCGCUGCCCUGGCCUUUGGAGCUGCCACUAUUGUGGAGCGCGCUGUCAUUGAAACUGUGGUAGAGCCCCCACCUGCAAGUACAAGUCUCCUCCAAGUCUUGAACUUGGCACAGGAAGACGUAAGCGUGAAUGUCCAGGGCCACACACACCUCUUUCCUCAACCAAUCAAACCCUAUGAGGAUCCUGUGGAGUACAAAAGUGUUCAGUUGAAAGACUUUAAAGAGACACUCACUCUCACACUGGCAAUCAAUGGGGAAAAUCGCCACUGUGUUAAAAGCUUCACUGAAGAAGAGGCCUAUACUCUGAUCCUAAGCAAUAAUGUCUUAAGGGCCGAUUGCAUCCUGGUAAAGGACAACAUCAUGAAAUCUGAAAAUGGCGAAGCACAUCUGAGGUUUAUAAACACCCUUUCGGAGGAUUUCAAUAUAACUGUUGGAGCUAAAAGUUUUCAUGUUCCGGGGGGAGUUGCAGUCUCAAAUGGUGAAUUUGUGGACAGAGAAGAUUACUCAAAUGUGAGAUGUGAAAGCAGCUUGAGAAACUCUAGAUUGAACCUCGGGCUUCUAGACUUUGGUGCAUCAUACUCUAUCAUUCUGAAAGGGUCUCCAGAGAAUAUCGAGAUUGUUAAAAUCGAGGAUGUCCAGGCCAACAACAUCCACAUCGCUUGGCAGGUUCCUCAGUAUGUCCUGAUUACGGCGGGAGAGGUCAUGUUCUCCAUCACUGGCCUGGAGUUCUCCUACUCACAGGCUCCAGCUAACAUGAAGUCAGUGCUUCAAGCUGGUUGGUUGAUGACUGUGGCAUUUGGGAAUGUGAUUGUGCUGAUUGUGGCAGAAGGAGCUGGCAUGGAACAGUGGAUGGAGUUCCUUCUCUUUGCUUGCCUGCUGGUUGGAGUCUGCAUUAUCUUCUCCAUCAUGGCCUACUUCUACACCUACGUGGACCCAGACCACCUUGACAAGGUGUACGGUGAUGACACAGGGGUGUAUGCUGAGGAUGACCUCAAAAAUAAUCAGAAAGACGGCAUGCACAUGCGUGCCAUUGGAGAACGCGAUGGACAAUGUACCAAAAUGUAGCACAGAAAUUUCUUUGCAGUAUUUUGUUGUUUGUUAUUUACAGUUAACAUAGGUUAAGUAAACACAUUCUGGUGUCAGUCUGACAAUACUAUUUAAAAGUAGCAUCGUUGUGAUUCUCUGGCCUGUUUUUGUGGCUUAAUAUGGAACACGUUUAAAAGAUACGCAUGUACUGUGCGAAUCUUACCAAUGCUGACAUAAAUGAUUUUAACACAUGUUGCUCUCGGAAUGUGUAGAAUAAUUUUGCACAAGUAUUUGUUAAGUCACAAGAUUGUACUCUUUCUUAAAUUUUGUAUAAGCUCUGUGAUUGUAAUUUAUGAUAAAUAUGAUAUGUCUAUGCCACAGAAAACAUGACAAAAAAAGAAAUGAUGAACCUCUGUUCUGAGUUUCUGUGAGGACAGUAGGUUUAAUGUAGCAAAUAAUUGUAAAUGACAAAAGUCUUGCACACUAUGCACACAUAGCUAUUACAUGUCAAAUCUCAGGACCUCUGUGGAUAUGAGGAUUAAAGAACUUGGCAUACA